GAAGCAACGUGAGACAAGUGGUUUCAUUUUAGUAUCUGACACCCAGAGAACGAUAUGGCUGCUCCCCCAAUACGACACAUACUAAUCUCUGUCCUCUGCCAGCUGACAGUGUCAGCAGUCUCUGAAACCUUCAAGGAACUGGUUGGGGCCAUUGGUGGAUCUGUGACCUUCUCUCUGGAUUUCACAGUACAACAAGUUGACAGUAUUGCCUGGACCUUCAAUGAAACCAAUUUCGCUACUGUAGAGCCAGCCGUGGGAGACAAACAGGCCACUUUCAUAGUAGCACAGAAACGUAACAGACCUAGGGUGCUUUUCCAAGAUGGAGGCUACUCUCUGACAUUCAGCCAACUGAAGAAGACUGACUCAGGCAUCUACUCUGUGGUGAUACACAGCUCAGACUCCCCACAACCCCUCACCUGGAAGUAUAGGCUGCAUGUCUAUGAACGCCUGUCAAAGCCCGAAGUCACCAUGGGUCUCUACAGUAAUAAGAAUGGCACCUGUAUAACCAAUCUGAUAUGUUCCAUACAAGAGGGAGGAGAGGAUGUGACUUACAGCUGGAAGACCCUGGAUCAGGCAGCCAAUGAGUCUCAUGAUGGCCCCAUCCUCCCCAUCUCCUGGACGCUAGGGGAAAAUGACAUGACCUUCAUCUGUAUGGCCAGGAACCCUAUCAGCAGCAAUUCUUCAAGCCCCAUCCAUGCCCGGAAGCUCUGUGAAGGUGGUGCUGCUGAUGACUCAGGUUUCCCCCUGAAACUGUUAUGUGUCCUGUUGCUCAUCCCGCUAUGCCUCCUGGGGGUGACCAUGGCACUUCUUUUGAGUAGGCUGACAAAGAGAAGAAAAGAUCCUGUUAAAAGCAAGAGUGGAGAGGACAUCCACCAGGAAAUUCCUAACUUCUAUCCCUGUUCUGCAGAGAACACAGAGUAUGACACAAUCCCCAGCACUCAUAAAAAUCCAGAGGAAGAUCCAGCAAAUACUCUUUAUUCCACUGUGCAGAUACCAAAAAUGGUGGAGAAUCCCCACUUAUCACCCAGGAUGCCAGACACAUCGAAGCUGUGUGGUUAUGAGAAUAUCAUCUAAACACCAGAGUACUCUUUCAAAUGUCAGUGGGACACAAAAGAAUUCGAUGAUAGGAAACUUCAAGAAAAGCUGAGUGCUGGGUGUGGUGUGUUACAACACUGUAAUCCCAGGACUCAGCAGGACAGUCUUCAGUUCAAGGCCAGCUUGGACAACACAGUGAAACCCUGUCCUGUUCAAAGGGAUAUUUUUCAUUGCUGCCAUCACCUGUGGGCAUCAGACUCCAGCUUCGUCAGCCUCUCAAUGCAAACUCACAUCAGCAAAUUUCCAGAGGGCUUUCAGCCUUUGGUCUUGGACUGUCACUGCUUCCUGUUCUCCUUUGUUAUGUGGCUUCCAGAUUCUUGGAAUGAGCAGCUACUGGAUCCCCUGGUUCUCCCUCCAUCAUGUACAUGGACAUUGUUCGCUCUCCUGCCUCUGAACUUACAAACUUGUGGUAUAUAUUAAUAAACCUAUGUAACUAUAUACCUAAUAUAAAUUUUAAUAUAUAUUUCUCUUAAUUUCAAA